CAAAUCGCCACGCGCUAAACUAGUGCGAUUCCGUGGUUUAUAAAAGUGUGUAUGGUCGUUUGUUAUUCGUUUACUUCACGUAAACCAUGGGCGCGCGAGUUUCUUGUGGAGAAUACCCUUUGAAGCCUUCCCUGUCGAAGAGCAGUCCUCAUUUCACACUUGGUGAUUGUGACAAUGACACAGAAGGCGUGUACAUUGGUCAUACAGAUGUCGUACAGAGAACAACAGGAAAAGAGGAAUCGAUAUCUACUUUUCAAGGUUUCUUGCCAGAUAUCAUGGACACUCGGCUCGUUCUCAAGACCGUCCGAGUGUUCCUGAGUUCUACAUUCACGGAUACAAGAGUGGAUCGUAACGCCUUGAUGGAGGAAGUGUUUGAUCCAAUCAGAGACCUGUGUCAGCAACAUGGCAUUGCUUUUGAAGUUGUCGACCUUCGAUGGGGUGUCCGUCAAGAGUCCGUCGACGAUCAUCGAGUCGUUAAUAUUUGCAUGGAAGAGAUCAAGCGUUGCCAGGAAACUUCACUCGGCAUCGCCUUCAUGGCGUUGCUAGGUGACAAGUAUGGCUGGAGACCACUGCCCCCGUCCAUCGUUGCCAAGGAUUUGGAGACUCUCCUUACGUAUAUCGACUCGUCCGAUGCGGAAGUCAUUAGAGAAUGGUACUUACGAGACGACAAUGCCGUUCCUUCAACUUACAAUCUUCAACCAAUAUCGAUCCAGUUUCCCGUGCGCUCAAAAGAUGAAGAAGAGCGAGACCGGGCAUGGAAAGACUGGGGGGCUGUUGAGAGAAGAAUCUGGAAUUGUUUGAGAGCUGCUGCAGAUGUAGCCGAGUUAGAGACCGAUGCUGAGAUCAAACGUGUUUUUAAAAUGUCGGUCACCCGCAUGGAAGUUGAGAAAGGAGUAGUUCAACAAAAAAUCAAGUGUCAGCCGUCUCUCGUAGUUGACAGGCGCUUUGAUAGCGUUGAUGUAGCUGAUAAGAAGGCUUCAGAUUUUGUGGAUAUCAAGGAUAAGGAGCGCGUUUCUGAAUGCAAAGAUUUAAUCUCGGAGUUAAAAGAGAAAUGCAUUCCAUCUUCGUUGGAUGUGAGUUCUGUCUUAAAAUUCACCAACCUUCAGUGGCAUCAAGAGGGUCUAACGAGAGACAAGCAUGGCUGGUACAUUGACGAGAUGUGUGCCAAAGUGAAAAACUUACUUACUGAUCGUAUCAACGAGAUCAUCAAAGAAAUUGGUCCACCAAACCCUCUAAAGGAGGAAAUCAUUCGCCAUGCGUUGUUCUGUCGCGACCAAACGCGAUCAUUUGAAGGACGCGCGAACAUCCUAACCGCAAUCCAUAAUUACGUACGCAAGGAAUGCGCAGAGAUGCCGUUAGUCUUAUACGGAGAAUCAGGCAUUGGAAAGACCGCUCUAGUAGCAAAAGCUAUGACUGAAAUCCAAGAACGAAAUCCUAAUAUGGCAGUAUUGUAUAGGUUCUGCGGAACAACACCCGAAUCGUCCACUGGACGUGAAUUGACUCUAAGCUUAAUUAACCAGAUAAAAGAGGUUUACGAUAUAAAGAAAGAAAUCGAAGAAGACUAUGCAUCGGUCUGCCAAGCUUUCCCAGAAGUCAUGGAAAAAGCAGCAAAAGAUAAACCGCUGUGCAUAAUGAUUGACUCUCUCGACCAACUUACUGAUGAAAACGAGGCUAGAAGGUUCUUAGAGUGGUUACCAAGGCGUAUUCCUAAUCACGUGUGGCUAAUCGUGUCUACUUUGCCUGAUGUUGGUGGGUGUUUUAAUAGGCUUCAAACAUUUAAGAUUUCCAAUGAGAACUUUAUCAAGGUUGAACGUCUUGGACCCAGUGAUGGCGAGGCCAUAUUGGAUUCUUGGCUUGCCAAAAAGAACCGAAGAUUAACCAAGGAGCAAAGAGAUCUUGUCCUGCAAUCUUUUAACAGUUGUCCUUUACCGCUGUACCUAGAGCUGGUGUUUAACGAAUGUUGCACGUGGCCGUCGUCCAGGAAGGAAUCGGAAAUCACCCUCCAAAAAGAUGUCCCAAGUAUGGUGAACUCCUUGUACGAUCGACUAGAGAGAUACCAUGGCAAGAUACUGGUUUCGCGUGUUUUAGGCUUGUUGGCAGCAGUGUCAGAUGGAGUAAAUAAAGACGAUAUCCUUAAUAUCUUAAGCUGCGAUGAUGAGCUGCUAAAGGAUGUGCUAGUUUGGCAUGAUCCUCCAAAGAAAAGACUUCCUCCUCUGUUAUUGGCCAGGUUGAGAUAUGAUCUCGGUCAAUUUCUGGUUGAAAGAGGCGCUCAUGGUGUGUCUUUGUUCGCCCUUUAUCAUCGGCAAUUUAUUGAAGUGGCUGCAGCCCGCUACCUGCAUGGAGAGCAGUACAAAGCAACUCAUACCGCCAUAGCAAAGUACUUUUCUGGCCAUUACUACAAUAUCUACGGCAAAGAUCGCGUAAUCCCAGAUCAGCCAGUAGCGUACUCGCACAAAGCUCUAAACCUAAGAAAACUAGGAGUCCUUCCCCAUUCGCUAAUGGAAGCUAGCGAUUUUGACGAGCUCAGAAACUGUCUUGGUGAUCUUGAUUUCAUCCAAGCGAAGUGCAUGGCAGGAUUAGGUUAUGACAUGAUGUCUGAGUGCUCGUUGGGUUAUCAAUACGCACUUGAAAAUAAUGCCAAUGAAAAAACCACGCAAGACCUGAGCGAUAUACUACAGUUUCUAAGAUCUGAAGUUCACAUACUUGCCAAGCUUCCCCUUUUAACAUUCCAACAAGCAGUUAAUUCGCCCCAGUCCAGCUGGAUUUGUGGUGCGGCUGUACGCAAACAAAGCGAAUGGAACAAAGGCUCACAGAACGUUCUUCCUCAGCCAGAGGGAUGGGUGGAGUGGACAAACAAGCCAAAUGUAACAGAAGCCUUUCUCUUUGAAUUGGGUGGUCACUCAAAGGGCGUGUUGUCCACGUGCUUCUCGCGUGAUGACGAAAAAAUUAUUUCGGCUUCUGAAGAUAAUUCCAUUCGACUUUGGAACAGCCACACUGGUUCUCUCCUUGCACAACUCGAUGGACAUACAGGCGCUGUUACAAGCCUUAAGGUUUCCCCUGAUGGAAUGCUUAUUGCAUCAAGUUCAGCUGACCAAUCAAUUAAGCUAUGGAGCUAUCAAUCAGAGAAAUGCAUCCAAACGCUACAAGGCCAUCAAGAAAGAAUCACCUCAAUUUCCUUUAACAAAGAUGGCACCAAGAUUCUUUCUGCUUCUAUUGACAAAACGCUGAAAAUUUGGGAAGUUGGAACAGGCAAAUCCAUUGAUACCAUUUUGGGGCAUUUGGGACAUCCACUUUGUUGUGCUUGGUCACCAGUAAGUGACGACGUCGCAGCAAGCUGUGGGGACGAAUUGGAGCUGUUCAUUUGGGACUUGAGCACCCGAAAGAAAAAGCACAUACUCCAAGGUCAUACGAUUGAUAAAGCGAUGGUUAACUUUCCUGAUAAAAAGAAACUAAACGGCCAUGAAAAGUACCAUUACGACUCACUGCUCUGGUCAGUAGACUUCUCUCAAGACGGUACCUUACUAGCAUCCACGGGCACUGACAGUAAUGUAUUUGUUUGGAACGUGGACACAGGUGAACGCAAGUGUAGCUUUGUCAUUCCAAAUGACGGUUCAGCAGUUUGUUUUGUCCAGGCACAACAAGGGACCUACCUCGCGGCAGCAUCAGCCCCACACAUGACCAUCACACUGUUCGAGAUCGGUGAGAAACCUCAGGUCAUUUCUGUCCUUGGAGGACAUUCCGACUGGGUAAUGGGCGUUGGUUUUAGCUCUGAUGGCUCAAGGUUAACGUCAGCUUCAAGGGACAAGACGAUUCGUGUGUGGGACAUCAAUGCUGCUGAGAAAAUCAAAGAGGUUCGGUUUCACUCCGAGAGAUGUUGGUGUGUUGCCUACUCUGAUGAUGGCAGAUGGUUGGCAUCUGCGUCCGAUGAUUUUAAGGUAUGCAUUUGGGACACGACCACAUUACAACAUGUCCUUGUCUAUGAAGGACACGAGAAGAAGCGUACGUUUUCCUGCGGCGUGAGGGCGUGUGCCUUCUCUCACGACUCGAGUCUGGUGGCGAGCGGCGGAGAUGAAAUGAUCAUACGUAUUUGGUCACGUGAGACAGGCGAAGACAAGAUCAUUCUCCCUUGUCAGUCAUGUCUUCUACCAUGGUGCCUGAGGUUUUCACCCGACGACCAACGAUUAAUUGCCGUUGGCGAGUUUUCUAAAGGAGUAUUGAUGUGGGAUCUCAAGAACCAAACAAAGAUAGCAGACUUUGGUGGACAUGAGCGUUUCUGCCAGUACACCGAGUUCUCACCAUCGGGAAAUUUAAUCAUCUCGUGCUCCAUUGACAACACUGCAAAAAUUUGGGAUGCCAAGACGUUUGACCUCGUGACCACAUUAGAACAUCCAAACUGGGUUACCUGUGGUGCUUUCUCCCACAAAGAAACAACYAUUGCCACUUGCUCGCCUGACUUGAAUGUUCGGCUUUGGAGCAUCAAAGAUUUCCAGGAAAUUGCUGUGUUUAAGGGUCACGUGUCCGAGAUACGAAUGGUUUGCUUUUCACCAGACGACAGUCACGUGGCCAGUGCAGCACUUGAUCAAAGCAUUCGAAUAUGGCACCUGGAAAGCCAAACCCUUGUGCACGUAUUCUAUGGGGCUUCGGGAUUGUGGGGGUUGGCAUGGCAUCCAACUAAUGAAGAUGUACUUGCAUCUGGAGAUGCUGUCGGGUAUUUGUAUUUCUUAAAACUAAAGCGAAGAUCUGAACAGUAGUCAGGUUGUUUUGAUAGUCAACGGUUGACGCUACUAGAUAUUAGCUGAUAAACUUACAUCAAAACCAGAUAAGAAAUGGUCCGAUCAGCAUGAUAAAUUUGCAUAUUUGUAAUAAUGUAUCGAGGAGCUGUAUAUUCUUUAUGAUACAGUAAGUAAAUCCGCGCACGAGCAAUACGUACACGUCUCGUUUCUUCUUCAAUGUGGUAAAAGAAAAUUACUUCAAAGGGAAAUUAGCAAUUUUUCAAAUUAUUGUUUUAUAUAACUUGUUUGGGAAUAUUUGACGUUCUACAAUAGCAAUGACGGGUUAAUAGUCAAGAGUUAUUCUUAGUGAAGUAUCAAGUUUGCGCAGUCACCGAGCUGCUACCAUGACGACACGCAUUUCUCGGUACCAACUGGCUUAACUACUCGACUUAAAAAACUCAGGGAGCCCACACCGUCAUCAUAUCGAUUGUUUGGGUCCGAAAAAUAAAAAGAAAGACGCGCCGGAUCAAUUAUAUUAUCAACUAUAUUUUCUGUCAAAAAGAAAAAAUGUGUCUCGCAAGCACUUUACGAUAAUAGAAAGUUUAAAAUUUGAACAAAUAGAAAAUGGGAUUGUCAACUAAAAGUGAUAAGUUUUCAUCGUGAUUUUUAUUUAUUUUCUAUCCUUACAUUUAACGUUGCAGUUUAAGUGAGUUUUUGUAUUAUACCAAGUUACAUUAGCCUAUCUCAUAGUCAUAGGGACGAAGGAAAGACUGAUGACCGAGGUGCUAUCAACUCGUAGUCCACUUAGGGACUGUGCAAUAAUUACAGAAAAAUAACAAAACGUUUUUAUGCAGAUGUGCAAGCAUGGCUAAACAAUGCAAAUGUUUGUCUUCCUCGUUUAAGUAUAGAAAACAUUCUCCUAAGUUUAGAGGGUGAUGUCCUAGUUCAAUACUUCCUUCUGCUAUUAUGGAAGCAUGCUACAUACUUAUCAAGGGCCAAACAAAAGUUACCAAAAUUAAAUGAUUAUAUAAUUACUGUAACAUUGUAUGAAAAAAUGGAGUAUAUCAUAGCAAAAAAGAAAUCUAGACUGGCCUCACACAUGAAAAAGUAAGCGGAAAAUAUUCGAGAUAUGCUAUAUAAUUAGGGUACCAUGGACAGAACUUAUCUGUUUUAAGUUUAAAGUGUUUUAAGUCUUUUUUCCAAGGUGAUAACAUGAGUAUCUUUGUUUUCAUUGUUUCGUGUUUUGUUUUGUUUUUGUUUUGUUUUGUUGCACUAAAUGUAAUGUAGUAUUAUUUAUACUUAUUACAUUGAAAUAAAAAUCUUAAAAAAAA